GAGGAAGUUGCGAGACAGACUCUGAAACCUGCAAACCAGCUUUAUUCUUGAGCCGCCCUAAGCAUUGGAAAGAGGACUGACAGGAACAGUCGCGGAUAGUAUUUUAUAAUUGGUGUUUUUACGGGUUUGUGAAUUAUAGAAUUUAGGUGUUUUUUUUUUUUUUAAAGCCCGCUUUGAAUUUUGUAAGAGAAGCUGUCGUGACCGGACACAGAAGCAUGUCUGCGGUUGACAGUUAGCUAACGAAAAUUAUGCCUUCAUCCUUCUAGAAAAGCUAACUGGCUAGCUAUCCGCCGCAACGUUAGGAACUGGGUAAAUUAGCCUUGAAAUGCUCGACACAAAACGCUAAUUAACACUGCACACUUCCGCGGUGCUGGAGUAAGUGUCGGCUAGAUGCUCCGCAAAACUAUGUUUCUUUAGUCAACCUAACGGUGGAAUUAGCGUUGUACUGCAAUGCAGCUAACCUUUAGGGUCGACAUAGCUAAUUCAGUGUGCGAGCUAUAUGUCUGGUAAUCGGAAGACGCUUUAUUCGAGCAAGGUUAAAUAUAUACAUAUUCAAGACACAGUCAACGACGUCAAUCUUUGCUAGCUAGUUUUGUGUCGACCUAAGCAGUCGAGCAGAGCAUGAUGAGCUCCCUUUGCAGUUACGUUAGCCAGCAAUACCUUAGCUAAUGUUAGCUGCACGAUAGGCUAGCUGAGUUAACUAAUGUUGGCUUAUUACUGUAAAUAAUCAGCGACUAAGUCAACUGAAGAAAGAACCAGAACCAGCUAAACAUGGCUUCAGAGGAGGCAUCCCUGCGUGCACUAGAGAGCCUGAUGACCGAGUUCUUUCACAGCUGCACAACUAAUGAGCGAAAAAGAGAAAUAGAAGAGCUGCUGAAUAACUUUGCACAGCAGACUGGAGCGUGGCGCCAUUGCUUGUUCUUCCUCUCCAAUACUCGGAAUGAGUAUGUGAUGAUGUACAGUCUCACGGUAUUUGAAAACCUGGUGAACAAGAUGUGGAUUGGACUUGCUUCACAAGACAAAAUGGAGAUUCGCAGCUGUCUUCCCAAGCUCCUCCUUGCUCAGCACAAAUCUGUGCCCUAUUUCAUCCGUAACAAGCUUUGCAAAGUCAUCGUGGACAUUGGUCGCCAGGAUUGGCCGAUGUUCUACCAUGAUUUCUUUACAAACACCCUUCAGUUGAUCCAGUCCCCAGCUCUGGCUCCACUGGGGUUGGUGAUGUUAAAAACCACGUCAGAGGAGCUUGCGUGUCCUCGGGAAGACCUGAGUGUCUCCAGGAAAGAGGAGCUCCGCAAACUGCUGCUGGAGCAGGUACCAACGGUGCUUGGACUGUUGACUGGAAUCCUGGAGACAUACUGGGACAAGCACAGUGUCAUAGCUUCUACUCCACCUCCCUCACCCACCUCAGGGGAAAGCAUGGAAUUGCUGGGCAGCUUGUUUCAGGGAAGCCAGUACUCAAAGCUGCUUUGUCAGCCCAUGGCAGCAUUGGACAAUGAGAGUCAUCAGCUCUGUUGCCUUGUUCUGGAGUGCUUGGCUCACCUGUUCAGUUGGAUCCCUCUGUCCACAAGUAUUACACCCACACUGCUGGCAUCCAUAUUCCAUUUUGCACGAUUUGGCUGUGAUCUUCGGCCAAAAGCCAAGACGGACUCCUUCAUCUCUUCAAAUUCCUCCUCUUCAAAUGGACAGCAUAAUCCUGGAACAGUGCCACCAACAUCAAAUGGAGGAGAGCUAAAUGGACAGCAAAGCGAGGGUAACAAGGUGGACCGUGCACGGCUUGGUGUGCUUGCCAUGACCUGUGUCAAUGAACUGGUGUCAAAGAACUGUGUGCCAAUGGAUUUUGAGGAGUACCUGCUGCGAAUGUUCCAGCAGACGUUCUUUCUCCUGCAAAGGCUGACGCGAGAAAAUAAUGCCCAUACGGUCAAGGGCCGCUUACAGGAACUUGAUGAGAGUUACCUGGAAAAGUUCACAGACUUCCUGCGGCUAUUUGUCAGUGUUCACUUGAGGCGAAUUGAGUCAAGUCCUCAGUUUCCUAUUGUAGAGUUUCUUGCCCUGCUUUUCAAGUACACCUUCAACCAGCCUACCCAUGAAGGCUAUUUUGCCUGUUUGGAGAUUUGGAGUGUAUUUUUGGAUUUUCUGACAACCAAAAUCAAAAGCAGAUUAGCAGACAGGGAAAGUGUCCUGAACAGGUACAAAGAUGCUUUAGUUCUUCUGUUGAGGGAAGUUUUGAAUCGCAUACAGUUCAGAUACAACCAAGCCCAGUUAGAAGAGCUGGACGACGAGACUCUGGAUGAUGAUCAACAGACUGAGUGGCAAAGGUACCUGCGUCAGAGUCUGGAGGUGGUUGCCAAGGUGAUGGAGCUGCUCCCAUCCCAUGCGUUCUCUACUUUGUUUCCAGUUCUCCAAGAGAAUUUGGAUGUAUACCUCGGUUUGCAGCAGUUUAUUAUGACCACUGGCACAAGUCGACGGCUAAAUAUCACUGCUGAGAACGACUGUCGCCGACUUCACUGUUCUCUCAGGGAUCUCAGCUCCCUACUUCAGGCUGUUGGACGCUUGGCUGAGUAUUUCAUCGGGGAGGUUUUUGCUGCCCGUUUCACUGAUGCCCUGGCUGUGGUAGAGAGAUUGGUUGAGGUGACUUGCUAUGGCUCCCAGACCAGCCUCUAUGACCUGGAAACCGCUGUGCCUUCUGUGCUCAAACCAGACCUCAUUGAUGUACAUGCACAGGCCCUCGCUGCUUUGCAAGCAUAUUCCCACUGGCUUGCACAGUUCUACAGUGAAGUCCACAGUCAGAACCAGAGCCAGUUCAUCAACCUCAUUACAUCCGCAGUUGAUGCCAGUAGCCCACUCAUCACAGCUAAGGUACCUGAAAAGUUGCUGCUGUCAGCGUGCCAUCUGAUGGUCUCCAUAACCUCUACAGUGAGGCCUGUGUUCUUGGUCACCUUGCCAGCUGUUGAGAACAUCUUCAACCUGAUUACUACAGAAACUCGGACACGCAGACUUCCCCAGGAGGCUCACAUGUUGGUGUGUAGGUCUUUAUCCAAUACGUUGUUGCUCCCUUGGCCAAAUUUACCAGAGAAUGAACAGCAGUGGCAAACACGCUCAAGCAGCCAUGCCAGCCUGCUGGCUGCGCUCACUCGAGAAUAUCGCAUUUUAAGAGGAACAGUGAACAUUACUUCACGGCAGCCUGGCCUAAAUGACAUUAAAGGAGUAGUACAGCAGACUCUGCCUGUGCUCCGAGACAUAGUGGACAGCGUCUCCAGCGAAUCCACCAAGUCACGUCAGAUCUGUUAUCAGAGUCUUCAGGAGUCUGUCCAAGUGUCCCUCAGCCUUUUCCCAGUGUUUAUUCAGCAUCCAGAUGUGACAGAUGAGAUGUUGGCCUUCUUCUUGACACUGUUCCAGGCAUUGCGAGUCCAAAUGGGUGUUGCUUUCACAGGACAGAUCAUCCACACGUUCCUCAGCAUGUUCACCAGGGAGCAGCUGGCAGCCAGUAUUUUGCAAGAAGGCAGUGCAGGGUGUAGAGUAGUCCAGAAGUUCCUGAAAAUCCUGCAGGUUGUGGUGCAAGAGCCCGGUCAAGCUUUUAAGCCCUUUUUACCCAGCAUCCUCUCCCUGUGCAUGGAGCAGGUCUACCCAGUUGUGGCAGAGCGAUCUUCUCCAGACAUCAAGGCUGAGAUGUUUGAGUUGCUAUACCAAAUACUUCACCAAAACUGGAGGUACUUCUUUAAAACUUCAGUCUUAACAAGUGUCCAAAGAGGAGAGCCAGAAGACACAAUGGAAAACGAGGCCCAGUUCACAGCUGCCAUGCAGGCUUUUGGACAGUCUUUCCUGCAGCCUGAUAUCCACAUCUUCAAGCAGAAUCUGUCCUAUCUGGAGUCUCUCAACAGCAAGCACAAGUUAUACCACAGAAAGCUUUUCCGGACCUCAAUGCUCUUCCACUUCAUCAACGUGCUGCUGCAAGUCCUUCUUCACAAAAGUCACGACCUUCUUCAGGAGGAAAUCACCCUUGCCAUUUACAACAUGGCCUCUGUCGACUUCGAUGCCUUUUAUUCGGCCUUCAUGCCAGAGUUCCUCAAUAGCUGUCACGGUGUGGACAGCAGCCAACGAGCUGUUCUCGCACGUAAUUUUAAGCUUGAGCAGGACCUGCCUUCAUUCACUCAAAGCGUGCAGCGGCUGGUGAACGAUCUUCGCUACUACAGACUGUGUAAUAGCAGUUUGCCCACUGGCACCAUCAAGCUAUAGCACGAUGACUGUUUUGAACCACUCCACGAACCGACUAUGAUUUCAAGGACUGCCUGUGCUGACCACUUUUCCCGACACUCCUCCAGUUCGGCUUUGCUCCACCUUUUCAGAGUAACAGGACGGAGCAACACAUGUUCGGUUAUGGAGGUCGAGGAUGCUGCUGAUGUUUUUAUUUGAUUUCUACUGUAGUAGGUUGGCACAUUUAUUAUUUUUAAGGCAGUCCCCUCCUUGUGAAUUGCCAAUGACAGUUUGGUAAGAAAUGUAAACCUGGUCUGCAAUUGGCUUUUGCCCAGACCGGGAGCAGUCUGAGCCAGACCUUCUUUCCCACGCCUCUACAACAAAGCUGGGCAGGGACAGAGCACUUUCAACUCAUUUUGAGUUUUUUGUUUUGUUUUUUUUAAUGUCUGCUUUUAUUCAUUUUGCCUUUUUCAUCUCCAAAGGAGACAGACUCUGAACUUAAGACCUUUCAUAUCAUUCCAUUCUGAAAAGAAAAAAAAAAAAAGAAUCUGCUUGAAUAAUAAAGUGCUUUUUUAAUAAAA